AUGUCUCCUGUCGCCACAAACGGCGUAAGCCAAAAUGGCACGCACCUGAAUGGUACCAAGACUAAGAUCGACCAGAACGCGUCAAGAACGUUUGAUAAGUCGAGGUACCAUGCCUCCUCAUCCGAUGAGGCUAUUCACUCCGAACACACAUAUGCUGCGCACAAUUACCAUCCCUUGCCAAUAGUUUUCGCCCGAGCACAAGGCACGAAAGUAUGGGAUCCAGAAGGGAAGGAAUACCUCGAUUUCCUGUCUGCAUAUUCCGCGGUCAACCAGGGCCAUUGCCAUCCAGAGCUCGUCAAGGCAUUGGUAGAACAAGCACAAACACUAACGUUAAGCUCGAGAGCAUUCUACAACGAUGUCUUCCCACGUUUCGCUCAGUUUGUCACCAAGUACUUCGACUUUGAUAUGGUAUUGCCGAUGAAUACUGGAGCUGAGGCUGUAGAAACAGUUGUCAAAAUUGCGAGAAAAUGGGGCUACAAGGUGAAGGGUAUUCCAAAGGAUGAGGCCAUGGUCUUUAGUGUAGCUGAAAACUUCCAUGGUCGAACAUUCUCCGCUAUCUCCAUGUCGACUGAUCCAGAGUCAAGAGACAAUUAUGGCCCAUAUCUGCCAAAUAUUGGCUCUGCAUGCCCAGCAACUGGUAAAAUCAUUCCUUUUAACGACCUUCCAGCACUCAGAGAAGCCUUUGAGAUUCAUGGUAAGACACUUGCCGGAUUCCUGGUUGAGCCAAUCCAAGGUGAAGCUGGUAUCGUUGUACCGUCCGAUGACUAUCUGAAGGAGGUCCGAGCACUAUGUGAUAAGCAUAACGUCCUCAUGAUCUGUGAUGAGAUUCAGACAGGAAUUGCACGGACUGGAAGACUACUCUGCCAUGAAUGGUCAGGUAUCAAGCCAGAUCUUGUGACUCUUGGCAAGGCGAUUUCGGGUGGAAUGUAUCCUGUUUCGUGCGUCCUAGGUCGAAAGGAUGUGAUGCUAGUCAUCGAACCAGGCACGCACGGCUCUACCUACGGCGGCAACCCAUUAGGCUGUGCCGUUGCUAUUCGAGCUCUCGAAGUGGUGCAAGAAGAGAACCUAGUCGAGCGAGCCGAGAAGCUCGGUCAGAUGUUCAGAGAUGGCCUCCGAGACCUUAACAGUGAUAUCAUCACCACAAUUCGAGGCAAAGGUCUACUCAAUGCCAUCGUUAUCGACGAAACAAAGACAAACGGUCAUAGUGCUUGGGACUUGUGUAUGCUGUUGAAAGAGAAAGGAUUACUGGUUGGUCGAGCCCUUAAGAUUGCUCACGUCAAGAAGUCAUCCGGACCACAACCUGCGCAGGAGACACUGACUACUGACAAUGCUAAUGGGCAACCACAUGCUAACGAGAAUAAGGCCAAACCAACACAUCAGAACAUCAUCCGACUCGCACCACCACUUGUGAUCACGGAAGAGGAAGUCAAGAAAGCUCUGUCAAUUAUUGGCGAGGCCUUGAAGGAGCUGCCGUCGCUAAAGGGCAAGAAGGAAGACGAGAUCAUCCCACCACAAGAGAAGAAUGUGCAAAUAGGAAUUGAGAACUAA